CGUUCAGGAGCCUCACCUUCUCCUUCAAUGGACCCCAGCUGCCAGUUCAUCCUAAACUUCCCAUUCUAACCUUUAUACUCAAUCAGCCAUCAUUGACCCAAACAACCGAACCGAACAACCAGAACUUCCUCUGGUUGGUGACGUCACAUCCGUUAAGGAAGUGAAGGAGCGCGGAGGACGGAGCAGCCGUAGGUCAGCAUGCUGAGGACGCUGCAGGUGUGUUUACGCCGUCAGGUGUGGAGGAGCGUCCAUUCCGCGGCGGCAGGUGAGAGGUCAUGGCGCGCCACCGCGGGAGCGGCACGACGCACGGUGAGGAGGUCCGGAGUCCGGAGCUGUACCGUGGACCCGAACCUGGAGGAGCAGUUUGUGUUCUUGGACUGUCCAGGUCUGGAGGAGGACCCUAAUGAGGAGGAGCAGGUCCUUCGCCAGCUGUGUAUCUCCUCAGCUCCUGGAUUAGGUCCUGACACUCAGGUAUCUUCUCAGAAACACAUGAGGUCUCUGGAGCGUCAACUCCAGGUAUUGAAAGGCAGAGUUCUGCAGAAUUCUGGGCCAGACUCCUUCAUAGAGUUCCAGGAUAUGGACUUCCCACUGGAUGAGAGCAUCAUAAAGUCCAAGAAGAAGAAGAAGAGGGCUGAGCCUAAAGGCGAGCACAGGGUCUUUGGGACCCCGGAUGCAGAUGCUCCGGUCAGCGACACCAGCUGCUCAGGAUGUGGCGCCGUUCUGCACUGCACCGCCACCGACGUCCCUGGGUAUCUGCCCAGUGAGAAGUUCAAGGUUCUGCUGGAGGAAGGGAAACUGGGUGAAGCCACCUGCCAGCGCUGCCACCUCAUCACCUACCACCACAAGGCCCUGAACCUGCAGGUGACCCGAGAUCAGUACCGGGACGUAGUGCGGCAGAUCCGGAACCACAAGGCCCUGGUACUGCUCAUUGCAGACUUGGUGGAUCUGCCUGACUCCAUCAUCCCGGACCUGACUGACCUGGUGGGAACCAACAAACAUGUGGUGGUCUUAGGUAACAAGCUGGACCUGCUGCCUGGAGACUCCCCAAACUACCUGCAGCGCAUCAAGCGGCGCCUGGCCCAGUACUGCCAGGAUGCUGGCUUUGGACCUCAGGUCACCGACCUCCACCUGAUCAGCGCCAAGACUGGCUAUGGCAUUGAGGCACUGAUCUCCAGCCUGCAGCGCUCCUGGAAGUACAAAGGCGACGUGUUCCUGGUGGGCAGCGCCAACGCCGGGAAGUCCACGCUGUUCAACGCGCUGCUCGAGUCCGAUUACUGCAAGUCCAGAGCCACCGAAGUCCUGCAGAAGGCUACCAUCUCCCCGUGGCCAGGGACCACUCUAAACCUGCUGAAGUUCCCCAUCAACAAUCCGACUCCAUACCGGAUGUUCCGACGUCGGGAGCGCCUGAAGGAGGCUCUGCAGCAGACGGAGGAGGAGCUGCCGGUCGACGAACUGCGGAGGCUGCAUCGGCUCGGCCGACGCGCAUACUUAGUGGGUCGGGUUGGACAAACAGUCCGGUCUGACGGAUCCAGAAGUGAUGAGAUCCAGUUUGAUCCGGACAGUUUGGCGUUCGGAGAAAACAAAGACGGAGAUUCAACGAAGAAAGCUCCUGAUAGGUCACAUGAUGAGCUGAGCCACACCGAGCUGAAAGACGCCCACUGGCUAUACGACACGCCCGGAAUCAUGAAGCAGCGCGACAUCGUCCACCUGCUGCAGGAACAGGAGGUCCGGUUGGUGAUUCCGACCCAGGCCAUCGUCCCACGGACCUUCGUGUUGAAGCCUGGAAUGAGUCUGUUUGUGGGAGCUAUGGCUCGGAUUGACUUCCUGCAGGGGCCGAAGUCCUGCUGGUUUACAGUCUUGGCCUCCAGUCAUGUCCCAGUUCACGUGACCAGUUUGGACAGAGCUGACAGCAUCUAUAAGAGACAUGCAGGCCACGCCCUGCUGGGGGUACCUCUAGGAGGGUCGGAGAGGAUGGAGCAGUUUCCUGUGCUGGUUCCUCAGGACUUCAGUUUGGAGGGUCGAGGUUACCUGGAGGCUGCUGCUGACAUCACGCUGUCAUCAGCAGGUUGGGUUGCCGUGACGGCAGCCGCAGGUAAACAGGUGCAGCUGAGUGUUCACGGACCAGCGGCGGCAGGUUUUGGGCUGCGGAUGACGGCGCUGCUUCCUCACAUUGUGUCUCUGAAAGGAGAGCGAGUCCGUAAAUCUGCCGCCUACAAACCGCUGAGACCUGCAGGACUGAUAGAUGGACUGUCGGCCGCCGCCACUCAGAGACUGCAGGUCAAGAAGAAGAAGUAAGCUGAGACACACCUGUAUAGGUGGAUGAAGCUUCGACCUCAGGGAUGAGUUGUGUGUGUGACUGUGUCCUUUCAGACAUUCAUCACCUGUCUUUGUUACCAUGGUAAUUUAUGCUGAUGAAGCCUCGAUGAGGCUGAGUGUGUUUAAUAAAAAUGAGACUGAAACAGA